AGAAGUAAUGUGUUUAAAUGAAACUUUGCUAUUUAUCCACCGAAUGUUCUGAUUACCAGUGAUGUAUCUGGCCAGCUAUGGAAUGCAUGUGUAUGGGACCUAACGACUGGGGCUAGUUUGACAUCAUACAAGGGGGAAAGCUCUGCACCCCGGGGUCUCAGUGUUUUGGCUGGCCAGUAUCUGCUUGGGGCUUCAUGCAACAAACCACUAAUACAUGUCUGGGCUCUGCAGAGAAGGGAGCAGCACCAGUUAAAGAUGGUGUGUGGUGGGAAAGUCACAAGCAUGACUGUCACUCCAGAUGGUGCCUACUGUGUAGCUGCCAUUGGGGAAAAUAUUCACAUCUGGCAGAUUUGUACAGGCAACCUACUAUGUGUCUUGUCCAGACAUUACCAGACUGUUAAUGUGAUACGCUUCACCGACAAUGGCAGCCAUUUUGUUUCCGGUGGGGAGGACAACCUGGUCCUCGUCUGGUCCUUAGUUAGUGUUUUGUCAAACAUCCAUAACCCAAGUUUGAAGGCAGAACCCAAGAACAUAUGGUCCAGUCACUCCCUGCCAAUCACAGACAUACAUGUGGGAAGGGGUGGUGCUAGAUCUAGGGUGGUCUCUGCCUCUCUAGAUCAAACUUGCAAGAUCUGGGACAUGGUAUCAGGCCAGUUGUUGCAGACAGUGGUGUUUCCAAGCAGUGUGAUGUCUGUUACCAUGGAUAUGGCAGAGUUCCGACUGUUUGCAGGGGUCAGCACAGGCAACAUAUUCUGUGUCAAUAUGUAUGGUCAGCCAAUCAGAGUAGAGCGUCACAUAGAAACGCAAGAGGAAGAGGGUGUGUCGUGUUACAGAGGUCACAGCAAACAGGUGACAUGUCUCAGUUUGACGAUGGACGGGACAAAACUUGUGUCCGGCUCGAAUGAUUGUACCGUCAAAGUCUGGGAUGUCUUCAGUGGCCAGUGUAUAUCUAACCUCCCUCAUAAAGGUCCAAUCUCCAAUGUGUUGGUCAUUCCAACACCGGCGGCCAUCUUAGAUCCCGCCAGCCGACCCACAAUGACCCUGCAGCCGUUCAAGCGUCACUUAGCAACCAGUAACCAGGGGGAACGAGGAGAAGGGUCAAAUGUCAUGUGGUUGCGUAUACAUGGCAACAGGUCAGAGGAGGAGGAGACAGAACUAGAUAUGGAAGAUAUUAAACACACAGAAAAAGGUGAUGCCACCUCUGUGAUGGAAGAACUGCAAGCCGUGAAAGACAUCAACAAACAGUUGUACACAUUCGCUGUUAAUAAAAUACUUGCUAAUAAAAUUACCUGAUA